AUGGAGCCGAAGCAUAAGGAGCUGCUCGCCCAGUGCCGCCAAAGCCUGGCGCAGGCCAUGACCGAGGUGGAUAAGGUGGUGGAGCUGCUGGAGGCCGCUGGCGCUCUCGGCCCCCGCGACCUGCGCGACCUGGAGGCGGCCGGCGGCGGGAAGGCCGAGCUGCUCAUCGCCUUGCUGCUGGCCAAAGACCGGGACCACUUCCAGGAUCUGCGAGUGGCUUUGGAGAAGACGCAGCCCCACCUGCUCUCCAUCCUCUACCUGAACGGCGUGGCGGGGGCACCGGUGGCGGCCGAGACUGCCGGGUCUACUUACAGUGUGCUGUCAAUAAUGCCUUCUGAUUCUGAAAGCAGCAGUUCUCUGAGUAGCAUUGGUACAACUGGUAAACCAUCAUCUCCACCACCUGUAAUAGAUACGAGACAGAUGAGUGAGAAGCUGGAGACGAUACUAUAUCAGCUCCGACAGGUAACUCGAGAGAGGGAUGAGCUGCGCAAACAACUGGCACUUUCAUCUCCUGGAUCAACUUUUGAUGACUGCAGGCCUAGUCCAAAACCAAAUCAUGAUUAUGAAAGACUGAAGAUUCAGUGCAUGAAGGCCAUGUCAGACUUACAGUCUUUGCAGAAUCAACACACGAAGACACUAAAAAGGUGUGAAGAAGCAGCAAAAGAGGCAGAUUUUUAUCACACAUUGCACAGUCGGCUGCUGAAUGACCAGUCACAACUGAAGGAGGACAUGGAUACCUUGAAGAGGAAAAACACGCAGUUGGUGCGAGAACAUAACCAUCUCCAGCAGUCAUGUGAGGAGAUGAAGAGACUUCACGAUGAGGAUCAGAAAGAGAUAACGGACCUGCGCAGCCAGCAGCAGCAGGUUAUGAAGCAAAAUGGAUCAUCAGAAAUAUUAAAUAAACUUUAUGAUACAGCAAUGGACAAGCUAGAGGGUGUGAAGAAGGAUUAUGAUGCUCUAAGGAAACGGUACAAUGAGAAGAUCGCGAGUCACAAUACAGAUCUAAGCCGCCUGGAACAGGCUGAGGAAGAGAACAGACGUCUUCAGAAACAGAUUGACAUGUUAAUGAAGCAAAGGGACACAGCAAUACAUUUUCAGCAGCAAUACUCAUCCUCUCUUAGAAGAUUUGAAUCGGUACAGCAGGAACUAAGCAAUGCCACAGCACAAAACAAAGAGUUGCAGAGAGAGAUGGAGCGAUUGCAGUCAGAGGUGACAAGGUUCAAAACAAUGCAGCUGAAAGCAACAAAGGAUGCAGAAAAAUACAAGGAAGAAAGGGAUUCAGUUUUCAAUGAAUACCGCCUCAUAAUGAGUGAGAGAGACCAAGUAAUCAAAGAGGUAGAUAAGCUUCAAACAGAGCUGGAGCUUGCAGAGUCCAAACUGAAGAACACCUCUUCUGAGAAGCGAGUGGCUAGUGAAGAGAUGGAAGCUUUAAGACAGAUACAAGAUUCUGCUACCUUAGACAUAGAAAGAGCAAACAAAGAAAUUGAAAUGCUUCGGAAACAAUAUGAGGCAAUGUCACAAGAACUGAAGGAAGCUGUUCAGGAAGCAGAAGUAGCCAAGUGUAGGAGAGAUUGGGCUUUCCAGGAGCGGGAUAAGAUUGUUGCAGAAAGGGAAAGUAUACGGACUUUGUGUGACAACUUAAGGAGGGAAAGAGAUCGGGCUGUGAGUGACUUGGCUGAAGCUCUUCGCAAUCUGGAUGAUAUGAGAAAGCAGAAGAAUGAUGCCGUUCGUGAACUUAAGGAACUGAAAGAGAAGAUGGAGAAUCAGUUGGAAAAGGAAGCCAGAUUCCGUCAAUUGAUGGCCCAUAGUUCCCACGACUCAGCCAUAGACACAGAUUCUCUGGAAUGGGAAACAGAAGUGGUUGAAUUUGAAAAAGACAGAGAUGAUAUGGACUUAAAAGCACUUGGCUUUGAUGUGGCAGAAGGUGUGAAUGAACCGUACCUCCCUGGAGACUGUGGGAUCUUCGUCACCAAAGUAGACAAAGGAAGUAUUGCUGAUGGUCGAUUAAGAGUGAAUGAUUGGUUGCUGAAAAUAAAUGAUGUGGAUCUUACAAAUAAGGAUAAAAAGCAAGUUAUAAAAGCUGUUGUAAAUGGAGGAGGUGUUAUUAACAUGGUGGUUCGAAGAAGGAAAUCAUUAGGUGGGCGAGUGAUAACACCUCUUCACAUCAAUGUUUCUGGACAUAAAGAUAGCGGGGUCAGUCUAGAAAAUGGAAUUUUUGUUGCUGCUGUUGUGCCUGGAAGCCCAGCUGCCAAAGAGGGUUCCCUUGCUGUGGGAGACAGAAUAAUUGCUAUCAAUGGCAUUGCACUAGAUAAUAAGUCGCUUACUGAAUGUGAAGCUCUGCUACGAAACUGUCGGGAUUCUCUUACCCUGUCACUGAUGAAGGUUUUUCCUCAGAGUUCUUCUUGGAGUGGUCAAAAUAUAUUUGAAAAUCUGAAGGAUUCUGAAAAAAUAUCAAACUGUAGAGUUCAUGCAUCAGAGUUACAAGCCCAAAAUAAAAGAAAUAUGAAACUGAACAGCUCAACCCAGACUGACAUUUUCAAUCCAGACAUCAUGGAUGGCAAAAAGGUCCAGAGUGAUCAGGGCAGUGGUUCAUUUUGUGAUCACAAACCUUUCCCUAAUAACACAUUACGAGUAGAUUCACGUAGGAACACAGUGCACAGCUGCCACAGUAAUUCAGAACACAGUCUCAGCUCCUUUAACCCAGAGACAUAUGGAGACCAACGCUAUGGAGCUGUUGACUUGAACAACAAGAGGCGGCCUUAUGAACCUACAGGAGCUGACUGUGUGAUGGUUGAGACCACAUUUGACAAAGGAAGUAAGCAUAGUGGUGGUACGUGGCCAAAAGUCAUGGUUAAUAUCUCAGCAACAGAAACAGAAAAGUUCUCUGUGUACAAGAAGCCAAAACAAAGGAAAUCUAUCUUUGACCCUGAUACUUUCAAAAGACCACCAACUCCUCCUAAACUGGAGUACCUUUCCCCUAAUCAGGUCACAGGCCAUUCACCUCAGCCAUCAAAAGCUGAAGUGGCUUCAACUCCUCCAACUCCUCCUAAGAGAAGUGACUCUAUCAAAUUUAAACAUAAGCAGCAGGCGAGCUCUGCAUCAGAGUCUACAGUAACAACUGGAUCACCACCCACCAGCCCAGCCACUGCCCAAGCUCCAGUUUCCUUGGCGCUCAAACAGGACUCUGCUACUCUCAAAGGGCGCAGCAGGAAUGCUGGGCAUUAUUAUCGGGAGGAGGGAAUUGAUUGCACUCACCUCUCUUCAAGGAAAUCCUGUGAAGAUGACAUUGGCUUUCAAAGAGUUGAAGAGCCAGAGAUUAAAAGACCAAGGCCAAAAUCAGCUCCUGCUCUGAGGCAUAAAAUAACCCCUAUGCCCAUUCCUAAUCCUGCACUUCAGGUGCAGAAGUAUGCUCCAGCUACUGAGGAACAUCUGUCUCCAGAGUUACAGGAAUGGGCACCAUAUUCACCAAAACGGUCUGCUAGGCACAGUGAUGGUUUUGUGCCUGCUGCAUUAUAUACUGGCAGCAUGUCAUCAGGUACAGUACCAAGAAGCUUAGCACCAUGCCCUGCAGUAACUGCUGUCAUGAGAAAUCCCAUCUAUACUGCCUGGAGCCAUAGAGUUCACACCAGCAAUUGCCCGUCAGUUGCCAGCCAAAUAUGCCAUCAGCAUCUGCAUCCCAGUUCACAGCAUCAAGGUCGCCUGAGUUUGGACCUAAGUCAUAAACACUCCAAUGACUACUCUGAAAAUUCACGCACAAGAGCGUCUCAUGGCUCAAAUUCAUUACCUUCCAGUGCAAGACUUGGUUCUUCAAGUAACUUGCAAUACAGAACGGAACGAAUUAAGAUCCCUUUAACACCGAGAUACCCAAGGUCCAUGAUGGGCUCUGACAGAGGCUCCUUGUCACACUCUGAAUGUAGCAGUCCCAGCUUGAUAACUCCUCCACAGUCACCUCUUAACUUGGAAACAUCUUCCUUCGCCAGCAGCCAGUCUCAGAACUCCCUUUCUACAUUACCUAGGAUUUCCAUUAGCCCAGUAUCUGUUGGAGAACGUAGAAAAGAUAGGCCCUACAUGGAAGAGCCACGUCAUGUUAAAGUGCAGAAGGGUUCAGAGCCACUAGGGAUUUCCAUUGUGAGCGGAGAAAAUGGUGGAAUAUUUGUCUCUAAAGUAACAGGUGGAAGCAUUGCCCAUCAAGCUGGCCUUGAAUAUGGUGAUCAGUUGCUAGAGUUUAAUGGAAUAAAUUUGAGAAAUGCUACAGAGCAGCAGGCUCGACUAAUCAUUGGACAGCAGUGUGACACCAUUACUAUUUUGGCUCAGUAUAACCCACAUAUGUACCAGCUUGGCAAUCAUUCUCGGUCAAGUUCUCGCCUGGAACCUGUGAGCAAUCAUUCCACCCCUCAAGGCAGUGGAGCUGCAACACCUGACAAUCAUUCCGUAAUCGAUACUGUGAGCGAACAGGAUGAAGGAACCAUGACGCCUCCAUCCAGACAAACCACACCAACUACAAGUCCCCGGAAUUCCUUAAGGGGCCCUGUGAACACAAACAAAAGGACGCCCGAACCUAGAACAGUUAUUGUUAAAAAGUCCCAAGUGGAUCUUGGAAUCCAGAUAUGUGGUGGAAACCUCUAUGGCAUAUUUGUCUCAGAUGUUGAUGAUGAUAGCCCAGCAAACGGACCUGAUGGGCUAGUCUUGGGUGACAUGAUACUUGAGUAUGGGUCCAUUGAUAUGCGAAAUAAAACCGCUGAGGAAGCUUAUCUUGAAAUGUUGAAGCCUGGAGAAAACAUCAAAAUAAAGACUCAAUACAGAAUAGAAGAGUUCAAUAAGAUAAAAGAACUCCCUGGAGAUGGAUUCUAUAUUAGAGCACUUUAUGACCGUCUCGCGGAGGUGGAACAGGAUUUAAGCUUUAAGAAGGAUGACAUUUUGUAUGUUGAUGACACUUUACCACAGGGAAACUUUGGUUGCUGGAUGGCUUGGCAACUAGAUGAAAAUGCUCAGAAACUGGAAAGAGGACAGAUUCCAAGUAAAUAUAUGAUGGAUCAGGAAUUCUACAGAAGACACAGCAUGUCUGAGGCUAAAGAUGAAAACAGCUCAUCUAAGACAUUGUCAGCUGCAGCACGGAGGUCGUUCUUCAGAAGAAAGCAUAAGCACAAACGAAGUGGUUCCAAAGAUGGAAAGGAUUUACUGGCUCUUGAUACAAUCAGUACAGACUCAAUUCCUUUCUUAGAUGAUUCUGCAAGUCUGGCAUAUCAGCGUGUACAGAAAGUGGAUUGUACCACUCCUAGGCCUGUCCUUAUUCUAGGACCUUUACUUGAUGCUGUGAAAGACAUGUUGGUCAAAGAAUCCCCUGGAAAAUUUUGCAGGUGUCCUCUUGAGGUUAUGAAAGCUUCCCAGCAAGCCAUUGAACGGGGUGUGAAGGAUUGUCUGUUUAUUGAUUAUAAACGGAGGAGUGGACAUUUUGAUGUGACAACUGUAGCUUCAAUAAAAGAGAUAACAGAAAAGGAUUGUCAUUGUCUGCUUGACAUCGCUCCUCAUGCCAUCGAACGGCUCCACAGUGUUCAUAUCUACCCUAUUGUCAUUUUUAUUCGCUACAAAAAUGCUAAACAAAUCAAAGAGCAAAAAGACCCAAUCUUCCUGAGGGACAAAGUUACUCAAAAACAUUCCAAAGAACAGUUUGAGACAUCUCUGAAAAUAGAACAAGAGUAUAGCAAGUACUUUACAGGUAUUGUCCAGGGAGGAGCCCUUUCAAGCAUUUGCACUCAGAUUAUGACAACUGUUGAUCAUGAACAAAACAAAGUCCUGUGGAUUCCAGCAGGCCCACUGUAG